CCAUCCCAUCCUGCCCUGGAUGGUGCUCACAGCACCCUGGGCUUGGAGGGAGGGAGAGGGCAGCCGGGGUGGGCUGGGCUGCAGGGAGGGGUCUGCCUGUGCCUCUGGCCCCUGGCUGCUGCUGGGUGUCCGCACUGAGCCCUCCCCAGCUGUGGCACAGCAGCUGUGCAGAACCUCAGCCCCGAUUCUGUGUUGUGUCAUUGCACCCCCGUGUGCCCCCCUUGCCUUCCUCUGCUGUUCUCAGCCAUCCUGGACUGGCUUUGGGAGCCUUGCACCUUCCCAGGAUUGCACCGGCUGCCCGGGGCUGGGCUGUGUGGUGUGGGUCACUUCUGUCCUCAGCAGAGGGGGAGAGGCUGGGGGAUGGUGGGGGAGCUCUGUGCCGUGGCAGGGCUCCCCCCACUCCACCGUCCUCACCCUGCACUGGCAGGAGCUUCACUCACACCUCUGGGAUCCCCGCAGAGCUGGCUGGUGGAGGAGAGGCCAUUCCGUGCCCUGGCAGCUCCGCAGCCCUGGCUGCAGCACUGGGCACUGCUGUUCCUCCCCACGGCUGUGUGCUGGCUGCUGGGGGUGUCCUGCCUGGCCAGUCCCGUCUGUGUGUCCCUGGUGCUCCUGCCUGGCAGGGGGAAAUGGCUGCUGCUCCGUCCCUGGCCUCCUGUGCCACCCUGCAGUGGUGAGGAGUGGGCACGGCCAGACCCUGCUCCUGCUGGAGCCUGGCCUGUGCCCCCCUGCUCCUCCUGUGCCCCCCUGCUCCUCCUGUGCCCCCCCUGCUCCUCCUGUGCCCCCCGUGUUCCUCCUGUGUCCCCCUGCUCCUCACCCGGGCUGGCAGCGAGGGCUGUGCUGUGAACAUGGCACUGCCGCCUCUCCCGGCUGGAAUGUGGCAGGGAAGGAGCCCUGGCCGCUGCAUCCAGCACAGCCCCAUCCCAUUCCAGCCCCCACGUGCUGCUGACCAAAUCUGCAAUUCGGUGCGAAAAAGUGUAAUUUUUGGCUCUGCUGCUCCCUGUUCCAAGAGGUGUGUGGAGUGCUGCCUGCCAGGACCUGCCUGCACGGGUCAGGGUCUCCAGAAGGAAGGAAAGGGUUGGGUGAGGGUUGGAUGUUCUUUAUUUUUUUCUUAUUAUUAUUUUUUUUAAUUUUAAAACAAUGAAGGAAACUUAAUUGGUUUGAAAAUG